AUGGUUCUCCGAUUACGUCUCUCCCGUGUGUCCACCCCAGGAGGAGCCCGCCGACACAAGCCAUUCUACAAUAUCGUCCUAGCACAAGCGAGAUCGGCACGCGACAGCAAACCAAUGGAAGUUUUGGGAACCUAUAAUCCGAUACCACAAACACCCGUAGGAGCGGAGCCAGGAGACCAGAAAGUCAAGGACAUCAAGAUCGAUGUCUCGAGAGCGAAGUACUGGUUGGGAGUGGGAGCACAGCCGAGUGAUACGGUAUGGAGGCUAUUGAGCAUGAUCGGACUCUUGGAACCACGAUACUUGCCAUCAGGACCGCAAACGCUAAAACAGGCGAGAUUUCAGACACAUACGGAGAAGAGUGGAGGCAAGAAGAGCAAAGAUGCGCAAUGAGGAGGAAGAGGGGUCUGCAGUACUGAGGAACUGGAAGAAGAUGAGCGAUGAACAACCCGCAUUGAAGGUGGAGCGCCAAAGUCCCGUCAAACAGUCCUGCAAUGCUGCCACGAAGUUGGAGCGGCACGACUCCGCCGGCUGAAGUCCAGCCCUGGCUGAUUUGCGAUGCGAGACAAGCUCAAUCGAGUGCAAGAAGCUCGUCUCUUCUCACGGCCGGCUGGAAGAGGGAACACUGACACGAUACGGAGAACCAUCGAUGUACAUACCACACCAAUACC